GCUUUUGGUCUGCAUCAAAACAUAUUCAUCUACGAUUCAUAUGAAUCAUAUCCAUAUAUCCUCAAAACCAACCAAAUUAGAAACUCAAAACAACAAAAAUACAUACACACACAACUUGGUUUUUGUACAUAUAAUCCAUUCAUGAAUUCUUGAAAAUUUAAAAGGGUUUUUGUAUGGUUCACAAACACAACUUCUUUGUACUCAUGUGAUACACACACCUAUAUAUACACUACUAUAUAUUGAUUUCUAUUUCUCUGUUCAAUGGCUGAUGUGAUUAGAUUAUCUUUUAAUUCCUUAAGGCUUUCAUCUUCUUGUUCUUUACUGACAUCUUUGAAUUCUCUGUAUCCUAGUCCAAACCCCAAUCCAAGAUUUUUCAAGAAAAUUGUUAGUGUUGCUGUUAAUUCUUCUUUAUCUUCAACUUGUGAUUUUGUUCCUCAAUUAUCGAAAAUACCCAGAAGGGAUUUGCCAUCUUUUAAGGUACAAGCAACUAUUGCUGAAACUGAUCAGCCAAAAUGGUGGGAAAAAACUGCUGGGCCGAACAUGAUAGACAUUCAUUCGACACAAGACUUUUUGAAUGCUUUGAGUCAGGCUGGAGAAAGACUAGUAAUUGUUGAAUUUUACGGCACCUGGUGUGGUUCUUGUAGAGCACUAUUUCCGAAGCUCUGCAGAACAGCACAAGAACAUCCUGAAAUCAUGUUCUUGAAAGUCAAUUUCGAUGAGAACAAGCCUAUGUGUAAAAAUUUGAAUGUGAGGGUGCUUCCUUUUUUUCACUUCUACCGUGGAGCCGAUGGACAGCUUGAAGCAUUUUCCUGUUCACUUGCCAAAUUUCAAAAGAUUAAGGACGCUAUCCAGAUGCACAAUACAGAUCGCUGCAGCAUUGGACCGCCGAGAGGUGUUGGAGAUCUUAACCUUGAAGCUGUCUCUGCUCCAAAGGAUAAACAAGCGGGCACUUCUUGAAGAUUGAUUUUCUUGAUUCAAGUAUCUGUCUAUAGUUUGUAUCCCUAGUUUUUACUCUGUCACAGUUACAGUGAGAAGGGUUAUAUCUAUUUUUUAUGUAUAUUUGUAGUUUCAUAUGGAAAUAAUAGCAAUCAGAGGUUGUUUA